GGACUGACUGUAACUUAUAAACGUGACCAGACAAACAACCGAUUGUGAUAUAAUGUCGAUCCUCGCUGAUCUUUGGAAACUUCAAUCGACAAUGAACGCCUGCACACGGGUCGGAGCCGGUCUCACGACACCCUUUGUCACAACUAUCAACGUUGACAAUAGACGCAUGCGUCAGCGCCUGUAAAAAGGCCUGAGGCUACUUUACACAAUCAUACUCGUUGAUUUAUUUCCUUUGUCUAUUGUCCUAGUCAUUUUGCCUACUUCAUUUUUGGCAGCAACACCUUUAUUCUCUCGUCCCCUAGAUACACCCUACCUUACAGUACUUAAGUAGAUUAGUUUGUCACUCCCAAAUCUCCAUCUUCCUCGAACUUUCAACUUCAGCCCUCGUGUCAUAUAGAAACUCUAACAUGCAAGCAGGCAGCAUUGGUAAACUGCAUGAAAUUAUCGCUCGUUCACAUGUGAUCAUACCCGACCUCGAAACUCCGUAUCCCGAUAGCAAUAUGGCCUUCGAGAUCAACAACCAAAGCAUCAAUGCCAUCAUCGCUCAACGCCAGCAGCAGUUGGAUGCAGCUUUGCAUGAAAUUUCGAGUCUGGAAACAGUCAUCGAUUGUAUCACCGAUCUUCACCGGCAACUCGUCGAAAAGAAGGAGAAGAUCACCCAGUCCAUGGAUUCGCACAAGCGGCUUGUAUCGGCUCUCUGGCGCUUGCCAAAUGAAAUACUAUCUCAAAUUUUUAUCUUCUGUCUCCCGGAAAUUCAUAAGGUUUUUCCCGGGCCCGCAUCAAAGCUAGUAUCUCCUAUGCUGUUGACCAGAGUAUGCCAACGAUGGAGGGAGGUUGCUAUAAACAUGCCCAGUUUAUGGUGCAAGCUGCGGUUGGACCUCGACCGCAACAGCCGCCGAAAAUGGCAGCAGCAAGCAUUCUAUUAUGACACGUGGCUCAGGCAAUCACAAGCACGUCCGCUCUUGUUGGUAGUCCAGUGCUAUGCAGGCGAUAUGGCCAAGAUACGAAAUCUUCUUCAGCCUUACGGCAAUCAAGUCUCGUCUCUCAACAUCCCUUUUUUGGUCGGCAUCGACAAACUGUUAGAAAACCUCCCAACACUUCAGGAGUUGAUUUUACAUAGAACAGCUGGUGCCGGUAGUCAUCCACCAACUCUUGCAAAAUCUAUCUCUCGACUGCCGAUCACUGUGCGCAGCCUGAAGGUACUACGGCUGUCGUUCUCCGCCUCAGACUUCUCUAUUUUCAGCCCCGUAUUGGCCCGACUGACACAUCUCGAGCUCUCCUUAUUUCGCCUGAAUGAAGUCUUCGAAUUACUUCAACUCUGUCCAAACCUCUCCUCGUUACUGCUU